UCCAAACCUCAUUUCUCUCUCUCUCUCUCUCUCCCUGCUCCCUUUGACCACUAGUCCAAACUAUUACAGUCUCUUCUUUCCUUUCUUUUCCGGCAAACGAAGCUCUAGCCCUCUAGGGACUCUGUCUCACUGAGGUUUAGUCUCGAACUGAUAAAAUUAUACGCGACAUUGACACUUCUUCGAGACCAAAAAAGUAAGAUUUUUAUAUACACAUAUAUAACAUAGUCCUUUCCUUAAGAUCUCUCUCCUUGUAUUUUCAAUGCCCAGAAAAAAGUUAGUACUUAUUGACACUUCUCACUGAUCAAUAAGAACAAACCCAUUUCUUAUCUUUCCUUAAUGGCGAAAAUAAGCCAACUUUACUGAUCAGUCAGUUCUCUACCAUCUUUCCCACUUAGAAAAAAAAAUUCAAAAAAAAAAUCUGGGUUUUGGCCAGCUUAGGUAGUAAUUACUACCACUGCUACAAUGGCGGAGACCACUGAUCAGGCGAAGACAUUGCCAGAAGCUGAGAAGAAGAAGGAGCAAACCCUUCCCUUUUACCAACUUUUCUGUUUUGCAGACAAGUAUGAUUGGCUUCUCAUGACAACUGGCAGUAUAGGAGCCGUUAUCCAUGGCUCCUCCAUGCCCAUUUUCUUCCUCUUGUUCGGUGAAAUGGUCAAUGGUUUUGGCAAAAACCAAAUGGAUUUAAAGAAAAUGACUGAUGAAGUGUCAAAGUAUUCACUAUAUUUUGUCUACCUAGGCCUCAUUGUGUGCGUAUCAUCCUAUGCAGAGAUUGCAUGCUGGAUGUACACUGGAGAGAGACAAGUGGGGACUCUAAGAAAGAAAUAUUUGGACGCUGUGCUGAAACAAGACGUGGGCUUUUUUGAUACAGACGCUAGAACAGGGGAUAUAGUCUUCAGUGUCUCUACGGACACUCUUCUAGUCCAAGACGCCAUUAGUGAGAAGGUGGGAAACUUCAUACAUUAUCUGUCAACGUUUCUGGCUGGACUGGUGGUGGGUUUUGUUUCGGCAUGGCGGUUAGCUCUGCUGAGUGUGGCGGUGAUUCCCGGGAUUGCCUUUGCCGGAGGCUUAUAUGCCUAUACGCUCACUGGCUUAACCUCCAAGAGUCGACAGUCUUAUGCAAACGCCGGAGUAAUCGCCGAGCAAGCUAUUGCACAAGUACGGACAGUCUACUCGUAUGUUGGCGAAAGCAAGGCCCUAAAUUCCUAUUCAGAUGCCAUUCAAAAUACGUUGAAGCUUGGCUACAAGGCGGGAAUGGCCAAAGGUUUGGGAUUAGGAUGUACCUAUGGUAUUGCUUGCAUGUCGUGGGCCCUUGUUUUCUGGUAUGCGGGCGUGUUCAUCAGAAAUGGCCAGAGUGAUGGGGGGAAAGCUUUCACUGCUAUAUUCUCUGCCAUUGUUGGUGGCAUGAGCUUGGGUCAGUCAUUCUCAAACCUUGGGGCAUUCAGCAAAGGUAAGACAGCUGGAUACAAGUUGAUGGAGAUUAUCAAUCAAAAGCCAACCAUAACUCAAGACACAUUAGAUGGAAAAUGCUUGGACGGGGUUAAUGGCAAUAUAGAAUUCAAGGAAGUAUCUUUCAGCUACCCAUCAAGGCCAGAUGUUUUCAUUUUCCGAAACUUUUCAAUCUUCUUCCCUGCUGGGAAAACUGUUGCUGUUGUUGGUGGAAGUGGAUCAGGAAAGAGCACUGUUGUCUCUCUCAUCGAAAGAUUCUAUGAUCCUAAUCAGGGACAAGUUUUGCUGGAUAAUGUAGACAUAAAAACAUUGCAAUUGAAAUGGUUACGCGAUCAGAUUGGGCUAGUGAACCAAGAGCCAGCACUCUUUGCGACCACCAUAUUGGAAAACAUACUCUAUGGAAAGCCAGAUGCAACAAUGGCGGAAGUAGAAGCUGCAACUUGUGCAGCAAAUGCUCAUAGUUUCAUUACUUUGCUGCCUAAUGGUUACAACACUCAGGUGGGAGAACGAGGAGUCCAACUCUCUGGUGGCCAAAAACAGAGAAUUGCAAUUGCAAGAGCUAUGUUGAAAGAUCCCAAAAUCCUUCUACUUGAUGAAGCAACCAGUGCGCUUGAUGCGGGGUCAGAGAGCAUUGUUCAAGAGGCUCUAGACAGGCUCAUGGUUGGAAGAACAACCGUAGUUGUGGCUCAUAGGCUAUCCACCAUAAGAAAUGUUGACAGUAUUGCUGUUAUACAACAAGGACUAGUUGUUGAGACAGGAACACAUGAAGAGUUAAUUUCCAAAGCCGGGGCCUAUGCAUCCUUAAUUCGAUUCCAAGAAAUGGUUAGAAACAGGGAUUUUUCGAACCCAUCUACACGUAGAUCACGAUCAUCACGACUAAGUCAUUCACUAUCCACAAAGUCUUUGAGUCUUCGAUCAGGCAGCUUACGAAACCUCAGCUAUUCAUACAGUACCGGUGCUGAUGGGCGGAUAGAGAUGAUUUCAAAUGCUGAGACAGAACGGAAAAAUCCUGCUCCUGAAGGCUAUUUCUUCCGCCUUCUCAAGCUAAAUGCCCCUGAAUGGCCAUAUUCCAUUAUGGGAGCGGUAGGCUCUGUGUUAUCUGGUUUCAUUGGCCCAACUUUUGCUAUUGUAAUGAGCAACAUGAUUGAGGUUUUCUAUUACACAAACUCUGCCUCCAUGGAGAGAAAGACAAAGGAGUAUGUGUUUAUCUAUAUUGGAGCAGGGCUUUAUGCUGUGGUUGCAUACUUGAUACAGCAUUACUUCUUCAGCAUUAUGGGAGAAAAUCUCACUACAAGAGUGAGGAGGAUGAUGCUUGCAGCUAUAUUGAGAAAUGAAGUUGGGUGGUUUGACGAAGAGGAACAUAACUCAAGCCUUGUAGCGGCUCGUUUGGCUACUGAUGCUGCUGAUGUGAAAUCUGCCAUUGCUGAGAGGAUCUCUGUUAUACUCCAAAACAUGACCUCACUCCUCACCUCUUUCAUUGUCGCUUUCAUUGUGGAGUGGAGAGUCUCUCUUCUCAUUUUAGCUACAUUUCCACUUCUAGUCCUCGCCAACUUUGCCCAGCAACUGUCCCUCAAAGGGUUUGCUGGAGACACAGCGAAGGCUCAUGCAAAGACUAGUAUGAUUGCUGGGGAAGGUGUGAGCAACAUUCGUACAGUCGCUGCGUUCAAUGCCCAAAACAAGAUUGUCUCCUUGUUUUGCCAUGAGCUUCGGGUACCACAAUUGCGAAGCCUUCGUCGAAGUCAAACAUCAGGCCUUCUGUUUGGCAUCUCUCAGCUUGCCCUUUAUGCUUCUGAAGCUCUCAUUCUGUGGUAUGGUGCUCAUCUCGUCAGCAAAGGCCUCUCAACUUUCUCAAAGGUGAUCAAGGUUUUCGUGGUAUUGGUCAUUACAGCCAACUCAGUUGCAGAAACUGUCAGCCUUGCUCCAGAGAUUAUAAGAGGUGGUGAAGCCGUUGGCUCAGUUUUCUCAGUUCUUGAUCGCCACACCAGGAUUGACCCAGAUGAUCCUGAUGCUGAGAUGGUUGAAACAGUUCGUGGGGAAAUUGAACUUAGACAUGUUGAUUUUGCAUACCCCUCAAGGCCUGAUGUCAUGGUGUUUAAGGAUUUCAGUCUACGCAUCCGUGCUGGUCAAAGCCAAGCUCUUGUUGGAGCUAGCGGGUCUGGAAAGAGUUCAGUCAUUGCGUUGAUUGAGCGGUUUUAUGAUCCAAUGGCUGGCAAAGUUAUGAUUGAUGGGAAAGACAUCCGGCGUCUCAACUUGAAAUCUCUUCGGCUUAAGAUUGGUUUGGUGCAACAGGAACCAGCCCUAUUCGCAGCAAGCAUUUUUGAUAACAUCGCCUAUGGAAAAGAAGGGGCAACUGAAUCUGAAGUCACUGAAGCAGCUCGUGCAGCCAAUGUGCAUAGCUUUGUAAGCGGCUUACCUGACGGGUACAAGACCCCAGUUGGCGAGAGAGGAGUUCAACUCUCCGGUGGUCAGAAACAAAGAAUCGCAAUUGCCAGAGCAGUCCUUAAAGACCCAGCAAUCCUUCUUUUGGAUGAAGCAACAAGUGCUCUUGAUGCUGAAUCAGAGUGCGUGCUGCAAGAAGCAUUGGAGCGGCUAAUGAGGGGGCGAACCACGGUGCUGGUGGCCCACCGCCUGUCUACAAUCCGAGGCGUUGACAGCAUUGCCGUUGUUCAAGAUGGGCGCAUUGUGGAACAAGGCAGCCAUUCUGAUCUAGUGAGCCGCCCAGAGGGAGCCUAUUCUAGACUGUUGCAGCUACAACACCACCACAUUUGAGAUUAUGGUGGUUAUCUUAUUGAAGGAAAACGGCAAUGUGGGUCUUGUUGGGUGUUAAUUACGUGUGUCCAAUUAAAUUAACCUUAUGCGUCCAUUUUUAUUCUCGCUGUAGAUAUGGGGGGUAACGUAUUUGAGAACUCAUGUUGACUAUUCUCUGAUUUCUCAAUGGAGUAGCAAGUGUUAUAAUUUCAUCAAAUUAAUAUUUAUUUAUCUGAAGCAUAUAAUAUAGAAAAUUGGGUGUCUUACGGGGGUGAUAAAGAAAAAGGAAAAAAGAAUUUACUUUU